GGAUCGCUCAAACGGCCUCUUCCUUCGCUUCUCGACGAACCAAAAAACAUAAACAACGAGUCCCCCCUUUUUUGGCCUCCUUCACCGGCGAUUCCACACGGAGACGAAGGAAGAAGAUAGGGUAAUCGUCUGAAGAUGGAGGCAGCAAUGGAUCUGAUGCGCAGGAUCUCCCCCAAGGAGAGCGAGACGGCGCUGUCCGCCCUGCUCUCCCUCCUCCCCCACCACUCCGCCGAUCUCCUCUCCCAAGUCGACCUCCCCCUCCAGGUUUGUAUGGAUCAGCAGCUGAUGAAGGAGUUCAUAUUGUGCGAGUACAACAGGGAUGCGGAUUCAUAUAGAUCGCCAUGGUCUAACAAGUAUUUCCCUCCUCUGGAAGAUGGACCUCUUCCCUCUCCGCAACUGAGGAAAUUGGAAAUUGAAGCAAACGAAGUUUUUACUGUUUAUCGUGACCAGUAUUAUGAAGGGGGUGUUUCAUCUGUUUACAUAUGGGAGGAUCACAAUGAAAGUUUCAUUGCAUGCUUCUUGAUUAAGAAAGAUGGAUCAAGAACAGGGCAUGGUAGAAGAGGAUAUUUGCAAGAAGGGUCCUGGGAUGCUGUUCAUGUUAUAGAGGUUGGACCAGAGGAAGAGGGAACAGCUCAUUAUCGCUUAACCAGCACCGUCAUGCUGUCUUUGACCACAGAAGACAAAUCAUCAGGAACUUUUAAUUUGUCAGGUUCAAUCAGAAGACAGAUGAGUCAUGACCUUUCGGUGGCAGAGGGUCACUUGUGUAACAUGGGAAAGAUGAUUGAGGAGAUGGAAGGAAAACUCAGAAACUCGCUGGAUCAGGUUUACUUCGGGAAGACAAGAGAGAUGGUCUGCACCUUAAGGCCGCCACCUGAUGGGAUUCAACUUAGGCUGCCCGAAAACUGAAUCAAUCUUGUGCAUAUAUGUUCUGAAAUACUAACAUGUUCCGCUGUCAAAUUUUGUCACUUUUUAAUGUUUGGCCUUGUGAAGACUAAAUUGUACUUGAACUCCGUGCACGAUGCAACUUAGCUAUUCCUGAUAAUGACAAUAAAAAACUUGAAAGGAUUGCAGAUCU